AUGGCACCAAGUAUUACCAGCUUCGUCGGGGCUUCCAAUUCCAGUUACUUCCCAUGGAUUGUUGGAUCUAGUCUUCUUAUUCUUGGGCUCUACUGGUGGUCGACCAGGACUGAUAUCCCCAAGAUCAAAGGAAUACCAGAGAUCCCUGGCGCGUUGCCCAUAUUUGGCCACCUCCUACAGCUCGGUGAAGACCAUGCGACAGUUUGUGAGAGUUGGUGGCGCAAAUACCGCCAGUCCGUUUUCCAGAUCCGGCUAGGAAAUACUCGGGCUGUUGUGGUCAGUUCAUUUGAUGAUGCCAAGCAGAUGCUGGUUGGCAAUCAGACCGCUGUCAUUGAUCGACCUACGCUAUACACUUUCCAUGGCGUGAUCUCAUCUACACAAGGCUUCACCAUCGGCUCGAGCCCCUGGGACACCUCCUGUAAGAAUAAGAGAAAAGCCGCAGGUCAAGCACUUGGUCGUCCUGCGAUGAGAGGUUACUUUGAUAUGUUUGAUCUCGAGUCUUACUGUAUCGUGCGAGAUCUCCUCAAAGACAGCAAAAACGGCGCCGUCGAAAUUGGGGUACGCCCAUACAUCCAACGAUUUGCGCUCAAUACUACACUGACCCUUUGUUACGGAAUACGUAUGGACAAUGUGUACGACGAGAUGCUCCGAGAGAUUCUGCAUGUUGGCUCUGCCAUAUCUCUUCUGCGAUCUGCCUCAGAGAAUUACCAGGACUACGUUCCGAUAUUGCGAUAUCUCCCCAACAAUGAGAAAAAUCAGCGCUCAAAAGAACUCCGCGAUCGUCGCGACAAAUAUCUGAACUUUCUGCUCAACAAGGUUAGAGAUAAAAUCAAGAAAGGCACUGACAAACCCUGCAUCAGUGCAGCAAUUCUGAAAGACGAAGAAACCAAGCUUACAGGCGUGGAAGUCUCAUCGAUUUGUUUGUCGCUCGUCUCUGGGGGAUUCGAAACCAUUCCCGGCACCCUUACUUCCUGCAUCGGCUCGCUUGCCACCAAAGAAGGUCAAAUCUUCCAAGAUCGUGCGUAUGAGGAUAUCAUGCGAUAUUAUCCAGAUUUGGAUGCGGUCUGGUCCAACAGCUUUCAAGAAGAAAAGGUCCCGUAUGUCAAUGCCAUUAUCAAAGAAGCGGCAAGAUACUAUACUGUCAGUGCAAUGUCUCUACCCAGAAAAACUGUCACAGAGGUGGACUGGAAUGGGUCCAAAAUCCCGCCGAAGACGAUGAUACUCAUCAAUGCACAAGCAGCAAAUCACGACGUGGAUCAUUUUGGUCCGUCGGGAGCGGUGUUCAACCCAGAAAGAUGGCUAAAUGAUGAAUUUGUUUCAAAUCCAACGAGCAAAACACCUGAAGAAAAACCAAGUCAAGGAAUUCAACACUUCUCUUUUGGCGCUGGCUCAAGAGCUUGCUCUGGACAAUAUAUUGCCAGCAGACUUCUGUACACAGCAUUGAUCAGAAUACUGUCUUGCUAUAAGAUUGUUGCAAGCGAAACGGAGCCGCCGAACACGGACUAUGUCGACUACAACCAAUUCAAGUCCGCACUUGUGGCCAUUCCUCGGGAUUUCAAAGUCAAACUCGUUCCUAGGCAUGAUGAAAGUGUCAUUCAAGAAGUGGUGGCCGCUGCCGCCAACAGGACAAAGGAUUACUACGCUGAAGAUGAUUGA